AUGUGUGAUAUUUUUAUCGGACAAAAUGUUUUCUCAGGAUGUACAUCUCUUGCAUCAUUCAAUCUCAUCAAUCUUAUCAAAUCGAUUAACUCAGGAUGUUUCAUCAACAGCGGACUUAUCACUAUCUCGUUCGAAGGCAGCAAGACAUCAUUCGACUCACUUCCAUCUAUGCUGUUCAAGGGAUGUUCUAAUCUCGACGAAGUCAACAUCCCGAAUAACAUCAUUUCAAUUGGCAGCGAGUGCUUCAGCGGAACAUCCAUCAUGCGCGUCAGUCUUCCAAAAAGUGUCGAAUCUCUGGAUUCACUGUGUUUCAAGGGUUGCACGCAGCUUGAGCGCGUCGACAUCUUUUCUACGUGCAAUCUUUCAAAGGUAUUCCCUGGUAUCUUCGAAGGCUGCACAUCUCUCUUUUACAUCAGCAACUUCUCCAGUGAAAACCUUGUUUGUCACAACAGCACCAUCUACAGCAAAGACUUCAGCCGCGUUUACCUGCACACUCCUGCGUGCAGGGACAACUACAUCAGCUUCGACCGUCGUCUCAAUAGUGUUGCCGACAGCGCAUUCAUUAAUAGUGCAUACAUUGAGAUUGUUGUCUUUGUCGACAGUAGUGUUAGUAGCAUCGGCCGUCGUGCAUUUGAAUCAUGUGUUCGUCUUAAACAGAUCAGCAUUCCUUCUAGUGUCUCAUCUAUUGGUGAGAAUGCAUUCAUGAACUGCAUCAGUCUGAAAUGUGGUGUUCUAUUCCAGAACAAGACACAAAGAUUCGUAGAUAUCCUCACAUCAAGUGGUCUUCCCAAGACAUCUCUCGUAGAAUGUCAAGCAUUCAGCUGCAGACCACAACAGGUACUCAAUGUUCCUGUUCCAACUAUUUUAUUUACUGUUUUUAUUCUAAUGUAA